UCUCUUCCCAUCAACCUGCGGCUCAUCCUGCUUUUCCAUUGGCCUUUUAUUCCAGUGACAGGCUGCUAUUCCUGAACUCGCUUUAAUCGCAUCAAUUCCGUGCGUGUAUCCCUCGAUACGAUCAGAACCGACAGAGUUAAUUCCUCAGUUUUCCACCCGUUAUAGGCGUCUAUUUGCCUUGAGAUUAGACUGUGGUUUAUUGGGAGACGGUCGGUUGCGCUCUAAUUCAAUCAUCAGAUCGGCAUCUUGCGGGAGGUGGGGCCACCCAACAGAACAGCGCGCGCAUUACACCAUUAUUUUCCUGUAAGUGCAUCUCUUAGAAACAUGAGCGAUUCAGAGAAACAAGCUGUCUCCGUCAAAGACAAGGAUGGAGUGGAGAAAAGGGGACGAGGAAGACCAAGGAAGCAUCCAAAGGAAUUAAGUGGGUCACCAACUACAAAAAGACCAAGAGGACGGCCAAAAGGCAGCAAAAACAAAGGCCCAUCCAAGAGCAAAUCAUCGGCUUCUGUCACCAAACCGAGGGGAAAGCCUAAGAAAGAGGAAAAGGAAAAACCCCAGGACUCAUCUGAGGACGCUGAAGAAGAUGAAGAGGAGGAGCAGUAACAGUCUAAUCACAGCACUACCUCACACUCAACCAAACAAACAAGCCGUCUGGUCUCAAACCUGGAAUGUCAUUCACGUCUUUCUACGACCACAGAUGUAAUAUUCUGCUUUAAUACAUAAUGAGUUUUACGUCAUUAGAUCAAAUAUACUGUAGAAUCCAGAGUCACACUGCAUACAAAUAUGUCAUGUGUUUCCAGCUAUUUUUAAUAUAUAUCUAUAUAUCUAUUGGACUGAGGUGCUUUUCUACGUAUGCUUUGUUUAGUAAUGUUUGUGUCCAAGUUGUAGACUAGAUUUAGAUCAAGCUAUAAUUUAAAGGGAUACUCCACUUUUUUUUUUUUUUUGGAAAUAGGCUCAUUUUUCCACUCCC